UGUCUUAUAUGAGGAUUUAACAUUAUAUGCAGUGUUCUCCUCAUUAUAUUUGGUACUAUAUUCAUUAUAUAAAGUCUUUUUUACAUUAUAUCGUGUGCAUUUUACAUUAUAUACAGUACCUCUUUCAUUAUAUCAUGUACUUAUAUCACUAUAUUAUGUACAUUUCUCAUUAUAUGAGGUGCUUCCAACAUUAUUUGAGGUGCUUCUCACAUUAUAUGAGGUGCUUCUAACAUUACAUGCGGUGAACUUAACAUUAUAUUAUGUACUUCUCCCAUUACAUACAGUAUAUUCAUUAUUAUAUGUGGUAUUUCUGUUAUUAUGAUGAUGAUGAGCGUUAAAUAUUAUGUCCGGUCCUGUAAGCCUUACGUGCGGUAGAUUUUGCAUUUCGUUGUGAUGUAGACACAGUAUUAUAUGCUGUGCUUUCGUCUUUAUGAUGAUGAUCUUUCGGAAGUUUAUUUUCGGAAUCUCUCUAAAAAUAUUAAAACGAUGGCGGGAAACGAGGACGAUAUGCUAAAGGAAGCAUUGUUUAAAGCGAAUCUACAAACUCUUCACUCAAACUUUUUGAAGGAAAACAUUGACUUUGAAAUUGCCCAGAAUCUCUCCGAUGGUCAGCUAUCUAGUCUUGGUGUAGCGACCAUCGGGGAGAGGCAUAAAUUAAGAAAUGCGUUGAGAGACGUUGCAGUUGUGGCAUCAAAACACCAAGACCCAGAGCCUGGGAGCAACAUAAGAAGCAUUCAGAUUGAAAGGUCACGCCUCUUUGCUUCUGGUAGAACUAGAACAUCAGUAUACUCAAAGACAAAAAAAAAGAAACCAAGAACCUGGACAGCAACUUUCAUUUGUCUUGCUGACCGAAACCAAAUGAAAGUGCCAACAUCCAUGGAAAGAGAAGUUUUGUUCAAGGCUGGUUUGGGUUACAUAAAAAUUCAGUUAUGUGAAGAAGACAAAGAAGAUGACAUGAUGGAAAAGCUCACUAAUGAAAACAACUUCUACCAACUCAAAAAUAUUGGUGGAUUUGAAUUGUUACGAUGUAAAUCCAACUGCAGAGAACUCUGUGCAAUUGACUGCCCAUGGACUGUCAGUGACCUAAAAGCUGCUGUUGGGAGCCAAGCAAAAAUUUAUAUUCGUCCCAUUCAGAGAAGUUUGUCUUUGAAACAAACACAACCCCAAAAAGAAACGACUAGGAAGGAGAAGUGCAAGGGGUGUGAAAAAGAAUAUCCCAUCAAUGAUCUGAGGAACCAUGUGAAAUACUGCUUCCUAUCUAAAGAAUUCCCCGAGUCUGAUGAGGAACAAUAUGAACUUCCAGACCCAUUUGGAGAUGAAAAUAUUACAAACCUAUAUAACAUUCAGAUGAAUGAAAGUCUACAAACUCCACUUGAUGCUGCAUCUGAAAUGCAGCUGUUGCAGGUUACCGAACACAGAAGUAACUGGUUACCACCAGCUGCCUCUGUUCCUGUGCAGCCAUCGGACAGAAGUAACUCGAUACAUGUACCACCAAAUGCCUCUGUUUCUGUGCAGCCAUCCGACAUUAAUACAGAACACAUGGUUCUACCAGAUGCCUUUGUUCCAGUGCAGUCAUCAUACAGAAGUAACUGGAUACGUGUACCACCAAAUGCCUCUGUUUCUGUGCAGCCAUCCGACAUUAAUACAGAACACAUGGUUCUACCAGAUGCCUCUGUUUCAGUGCAGCCAUCAGACAGAAGUAACUCGAUACAUGUACCACCAAAUGCCUCUGUUCCUGUGCAGCCAUCAGACAGAAGUAACUGGAUACAUGUACCACCAGCUGCCUCUGUUCCAGUGCAGCCAUCAGACAGAAGUAACUGGAUACAUGUACCACCAAAUGCCUCUGUUUCUGUGCAGCCAUCCGACAUUAAUACAGAACACAUGGUUCUACCAGAUGCCUCUGUUUCAGUGCAGCCAUCAGACAGAAGUAACUGGAUACAUGUACCGGUACAUGUACCACCAGCUGCCUCUGUUCCAGUGCAGCCAUCAGACAGAAGUAACUCGAUACAUGUACCACCAAAUGCCUCUGUUCCUGUGCAGCCAUCAGACAUUACAGAACACACAGUUCAACCAAAUGCCUCUGUUCCUGUGCAGCAGUCAGACAUUACAGAACAUAGGUUACCAAUGAUGGAGACAACACAGUAUCCCAACAACUCAUUAAACAAUUUUCCUGAAAGCGGACAUGAAAGAUUAAUUGAACCUGAGCAGAGGUUGACUAGUACAGAAGAUACUAUUAGUUUGGCAGAAUACAGAAUGUCAGAGAAAGAAGAUGCACCUAGUCAGGUUGAAGAUAAUAACUUUCAACAACUCUUAACAACAGUGUCUGAUGUUGUAGGAAUGGUUAAAAAUUAUUGUGAAGAAAAAAAUAUUGUGGACCCUGUCGACAUCUUGAAAAUUUUUCAAAAACAUAUUGUCACAGGGAGAAAACUAGAUUUAGUGAGCGAUUCAGAGACUAUAGAGGGCUUGACAAAUUUAAUAAUGGUUGAUAGACAUAACAUUUUAAAAACAGCUGUAGAUGAAAUCCAAUCUUUAGAAGAUUUGAGACCAUGUUUGGAAGUGCAGUUUUAUGGAGAGUCUGCCGUAGAUCUCGGUGGACCAAGGAAAGAGUUUUUUGCUCUUGUGCUCAGGGAAAUAAAGGAGAUGUACUUCAACCCUGUGAAGGAGUGGACACCUUCAAGCUAUGAAGCAGUAGGAAAAAUAUUAGCCCUGAGUCUCCUCCAAAAUGGUAAACUUCCAAGAGUUUUCAGUUCAGAUAUUGUAGAGGAGUUUACCAGUCCCAAUGCGAGGGAGUUCAUUCAGGAGCUUCGAAAGGGAUUAGAUGCCCUUGGACUUUGUCAGAUGAUGUGUACGUUUCCACAGCUUCUUCAUCUGUUCACUGAUAAUGAUACACAAAACUUUCUGACAUUAAAGAGACUAACUAGUCUUUUGAAAGCGGACUUCAGUGUGGAUGGGUCCAAUCAAAGGCAGACAGAGGGGAAGAUUUACUCUGCAUUCAUUAAAUAUUUGCGGGAGGUUGCUGGUAAGUAUGAAAACUUCUGA